ACACCCCUUUCUUGUUUACACAAAAAUAAAAACAACACCUAUUGUUCAAAAAGGUCCAAGGAACCCUAGCAGCUUGCAGCGUCGUCAGCUAUUCUUCUUCACCGCCUCCCUUACCUCCCUAAACCACCACGGCCGCCAAUUUCCAGCACGGAAGUUUCUCAAUAUUUCUCAUCUCGUUAAAAAGAAGUGUUGUAAUCUGAAAAAUGGCGUACGCAGCUGUGAAACCCACAAAGGUUGGUUUGGAGGACUCUCAGGAGCAGAUCCACAAGAUUAGAAUCACUCUUUCCUCCAAACAUGUCCAAAAUCUUGAGAAGGUUUGUGCUGAUUUGGUUCGUGGUGCAAAGGACAAGCAUCUCAGGGUCAAGGGACCGGUCAGGAUGCCUACUAAAGUUCUUCAUAUCACUACAAGGAAGUCCCCAUGUGGUGAAGGUACCAACACCUGGGAUAGAUUUGAACUCCGUGUGCACAAGAGAGUCAUUGACCUUUACAGUUCCCCUGAUGUGGUUAAACAGAUUACUUCCAUCACCAUUGAACCUGGUGUUGAGGUUGAGGUGACCAUUGCCGACGCUUGAUCUUGAACCAAGUUUUAACUUGUUAUGUUUCCUAGUUCUUUUGUCCUCUUAUAUUUUGACAGUUUUGGUUGAGACUAAGUUGGACUGUUUUUUCUGUUGUGGAAUUUGAUAGAGCCUGAAGAAUUGCUAUGUUUUAGAUUCCUAUCAAAUUGAGUUACUUUCUAUUUAUAAUAUUUUUCUUUACAA